CUCCUUCCCCCAACCAAUCCUCGCUUCCACCUCCACGCUUUUCUAGCUGUAAUGCUGUAUUACGCUCCUUCCCCAAAACCCCUCAAUUUCCUCCACCUUUCUCUAUCCCAUUCUAUAGUCAAUACUAACCACAAGAUUCAUACAAUCUAACCCAUAUUAAUCUUUUUUUGUCCAUUUCGUUCCCCUUCUUUUUCCCCAUAUUUAUUUCAUUUAUUUUUCUCUUUUAACUUCCCUAUAUAUAUACUCCAUUUCAUGCUUUCUUGGUUCUCCUUACUUCACAUCUUCUAGCCCUAAAUCUCCUCUUAUCUCUCCUACCAUUAACCCAAUCCUCCUCAAGAAGCCCCAUUUUUUUACAUUAAAGGUGAAAACUUUAUCGUUUUUCUUGAAACCCAUUCUUCAAUUCUUGAUUUUUGCGAUUGCAAAAUAUGGCCAUUGCAUACCCACAUUUCUUUGUUUCUGAAAAGUCCAAGAAUUUGAAGCAGCAGCCAUCAUUGAUGGUUUCUUCUACCCCAUCAUCACCACCUGUCAUUUUAUCCCAAGAUGAGCUGAAAAAAAUUGCAGCAUAUAAAGCUGUAGAAUUUGUUGAGUCAGGUAUGGUUGU